AGGUCGGUGAUGUAGUUCGGGGCAGUAUGGUGGACGGCUUUGUACAUCAGUGGAUGAGCUGUUUAGUGGUUUCUGGGGUUAGGAACGUGCGUAUUUUGGCGAUGUUGCGGAGGUGGAGUCUGCAUGAGUUUGUUAAAGAUUGGACUUGGGGCUGGAAGGAUAGGUUGGAGUCCAGAAUGACACCAAGUACUCUGGCCUGCGGGGUGGGUUUGAUGGUGGCGUUGUUGGACAUGAUGGAGAAGUCAAUGGGGGGGGGUCCAGGCUGGGGGGAAGACAAGAAACUCGGUUUUGGAGAGGUUCAGUUUAAGGAAGUGGAGCGACAUCCAGUCUGAUAUGUCGCUCAGUAGGUGUGUG